GCAUGCAUAUUUUAUUAUUAUUACAUUCUAUUGAGGUUCUUUAUUGACGAAGCUUAUAAUUGAGGAAGAAGAUCUGUUUGGAUUUAAGACGGUAACUGAAGUUAGCUGAUCAUGUCUUUGCCCAAGCGGGAGGUGGAGGAGUUGCGGCCCUGGGUGGAGCACACAGUGAAGAAGGUGUUGGGUUUCUCAGAACCCACUGUGGUCACUGCGGCUUUGCACUGCGUAGGCAAAGGUCUGGACAAAAGGAAGACAACAGACCAGCUGAAACCAUUUCUGGAUGAGUCCGCAAGCAGCUUCGUAGAGCGGCUCUUUGAAGCACUGGAAGAGAGCAGGAACUCUCGGGGCAACAAAGGCACGGCUGAGAAAAAUCGCAAGAGAGAGCUGAAGGAUGUAUUUGGCGAUGAGGUGGAGGCACAAAAAGAGAGAGAAGGUGGUGAAACUGUAACAAAGAAGAAAAGAGUACCCCGAUUCGAGGAACUUGAAGAGCCAGAAGUUCUUCCUGGACCUCCUGCGGAAAGUCCUGGCAUGCUCACGAAGAUGCAAAUAAAGCAAAUGAUGGAAGCAGCUACUCGCCAGAUUGAAGAGAGGAAGAAGCAACUUAGUAUCACUCAGCCCAGACUGCCCCUGGCUACCCCCCAGCCAUCAACACCCGGCAUGCGCCCUCUCCUGCCUCCUGCUCCAGGCCCAGCUCAAUCCAUUGCCCCCUCACAGGCAGCCAGUUUCAUGAACGAUGCCAUUGAGAAGGCGCGCAAAGCUGCUGAGCUCCAAGCCAAAAUCCAGUCCACGCUGGCUAUGAAGCCAGGCAUCCUGGGAGCCAUGAACAAUGCUGGACCACACAACCUUGUGGCGCUUGCUAAUCUGCAUGCCAUGGGCAUUGCACCACCUAAAGUGGAGGCACGUGAGAUCACAAAGCCAACACCGCUUAUUCUGGACGAGCUCGGGAGAACCGUUGAUGCCAGUGGCAAAGAAGUGGAGCUCACGCACCGCAUGCCCACUCUAAAAGCUAAUAUCAGAGCAGUGAAACGAGAGCAGUUUAAGCAACAGCUGAAGGAAAAGCCCAGCGAUGACCUCGAGUCCACAUCUUUCUUCGACCCCCGGAUGUCCAUGCCUCAGCCACAAAGACAAAGGAGGGGGUUCAAGUUCCACGAAAAGGGGCGUUUUGAGAAAAUAGGCCAGCGGAUACGCACCAAGGCCCAACUGGAGAGGUUGCAGAUGGAGAUUGCGCAGGCGGCCAAAAAGACAGGCAUCCAAGCAUCGACCAAGCUGGCUCUGAUCGCCCCUAAGAAGGAGCUCGGUGAAGGUGAUGUGCCUUCCAUUGAGUGGUGGGACUCCUUCAUCCUGCCCAACAAUAUAGAAAUCUCUGCUCAAACUGUAUUUGAUAACUUGGACUUCCAUGGAAUCACCAAUCUGGUGGAACAUCCUGCCCAAAUGGCUCCUCCAGUGGACACGGACAGACCGGUGACUCUAGGUGUGUAUUUGACGAAGAAGGAACAGAAGAAGCUAAGGCGGCAGACACGGCGUGAGGCACAGAAGGAAGUGCAGGAGAAGGUCCGACUCGGCCUCAUGCCCCCGCCAGAACCCAAAGUGCGGAUCUCUAAUCUAAUGCGUGUGCUGGGUACGGAAGCGGUGCAGGAUCCCACAAAAGUGGAAGCCCACGUCCGAGCGCAGAUGGCCAAGCGACAAAAAGCCCAUGAGGAGGCAAAUGCAGCACGCAAACUGACAGCAGAGCAAAGGAAAGAGAAGAAGGUGAAGAAGCUCAAAGAAGAUCUGAGUCAAGGUGUUCACAUCGCUGUCUACAGGAUCCGAAACCUACACAACCCAGCCAAGAAAUUCAAAGUGGAAGCCAACGCAAAUCAACUGUAUCUCACUGGCACUGUGGUACUGCACAAAGAUGUCAACAUCGUGGUGGUGGAAGGAGGACCCAAAUCACAGAAGAAGUUUAAGAGACUGAUGUUGAACAGGAUCAAAUGGGAGGAGCCUAGUUCGAAGAGAGACGACCCUGAUGGCUCAGAUGAUGAGGGAUCAAAGAAGCCCAAUAAAUGCACACUUGUUUGGGAGGGCACAGCAAUGGAGCGCAGCUUUGGUGAGAUGAAGUUCAAGCAGUGCCCCACAGAGAACAUGGCACGCGAACACUUCAGGAAGCAUGGCUCAGAGCACUACUGGGAUUUGGCUCUAAGUGAGAGCGUGCUGGAGACAGCUGACGACUGAGUGAGAGGAUGUGUGUAAUGUAGGUUGAAUGAGACAGACCACAAUGUUUGGUUUGUUCUCGGAAGAGAGAAGGACUGGAAUUAACCUAGCAGGCGUGUACGUGUGCGUCUGUUUGAUAAUCUGCACUGCUGCUACUUUUGGAUAUUGGAUUCGUGAUCAUAGCAGGACGUUUGCAAAGAGUAUCUAGUGCGAGGAUACAUUUCUCCUUUGACUUAUGCAGAAUGUUGAAGACUGCUGCUUUGAUUUCAUUGUUCUGUGGGCAUAGGAUCCUUUAUAGCCGAAGUGUAACUUUGUUUUUAGUUCCUUUCCUUUUUUUACAAAGUGGAUGAGAGACUAUUCCUAUGCUGGUCUCUAGAUGUGUACCCAAACUAUUACCAACUGCACACACACAUUAAAGCUUUGGAGGGAAAAGA